AUGGCAUUCGGAAGAAAACGAGGUACCACCACUACCACCACCACUACCGAGACUGGUACAAGGACGAGGAGAAGAUCACCUCUCAUACUUGGACUUGCCGCCUCUGCUGUAUUGAUCGCCACGCUCUUCUUCUGGCUUUCAGCAUUCUCUGUACCCUGCAUUGAUUCGAUCCACUAUGUCCGCACGAGAGAGAACGAUGUCAAGUUCGGUAAUUUCGGUUGGUGUGCCGGGGCACCCUUGAAUGGGUUGGUAGCUGGAAAAGCAUGUCAUCAACAUGUAGGAUACAACUUCCGACCUUGGAUCCCAGGUGGUAAAUCCGCUACCGGAGCUCUCAUCCUGGUAGCUCUCACAGCUGGGUUCGGAUCUCUUGCAUUCUUAUCGUUACUUCAUUCAGUCAUCAAUAUCGCUUCUGGAGCUGCAAGCUUUGGUUUGACUCUCUUCACUACCCUCCUCGCUACCAUCUCAUUCUUCCUCAUCACCAUCAUCUUCGGUACAGCCCACCGUCGAUUCAACAACGAUAACCUCGAUGCUCACUAUGGCGCUGCGUUCGUCCUAGUCAUCCUGGGAUGGUUGAUUUACCUGUUCUUGGCUAUCCCUUUGGUAUUUUUGGGAUGGUUCAAGCAGAGAAGACAUCAUACCACAACUGCUCAUAUCAGGGGAGAUACCAACCAUACUACCAACGUCACCAUUCGAGCGUGA